AUAUAGCUUCGCUUCAUUCCUUAACUCAGGGUUUCUCGGCAAACACAAACUUUUUUGUUACAAAAUUUGUAAUUUUUCUACUGAUGGUUUACUAUUUGUAAUAAAAUUUUUGGAAAAACUCAGUUUCUUAACUAUUUUGUGAAGAUGUCUAAAAAUUAUGGACCGGGACCUGGAGCCUACAUGCUGCCCAGCAGCUUUGGACGAAAAGGACCUCAGUAUUCCUUUGGCCGCAGGAUUGAUCGCAGGAGGCACGAGAAGCCUGGUCCUGGUCCUGCUGCCUACAAGGUCGAUAAGGUCACUCGAUAUGGCAAUUCGGAGGGUCCCCAGUUCUCCAUGUUGGUUGGAAGUUCCAGAAUCAAGGCACUUCCCAUCAGAUUCGCUUAAAGAAUAGUACCUGAUGACAAUUACGUUAAUGAUUCUGAUUGAGUCCAUGUGAUAGUAAAAUCCAUGUGAUAGUAAAUCUUAGAAUGCAUUAUGUACCAAUAAUUUUUUUAGACAUUAAGAUAAUCGGCUUGCCAAAAUAUAAUUUAUUUUAAAUAAUUUUAUUAAAUAUAAGGAUAAGCA